CCCAAAUAACCGGAAACGCUAGCGUUUAACAUCAAAAGCACUGCCAGCCAAAUGAGCGUUUUCAUGCCGCUUCUCAACCUUUAUUCUUCUUUUUCAACUUCAACUUCAGCCGCUACCUCUCCGAUGGCUGUUCCAACCCUCCUUCCUCAUCACCCUUACUCUAAAUCCUCUUCUCUUCUUCUCUGCUCGCCGCCACAACCCUCGCCAUCUUCUUCUUCUUCUUCUUCUUCUUCUCUUCCUUUUGCCAGAAUUUCCUCUCUCUCCAUUUCCCGCCCCAACCACUGGCGUUCUCUCGCUCCCGUCGUCAGAGCGAGCCUCUCCGCCGUCGAGUCUCGGGCGACUUCCGGCGGCGAAGGCGAGAAGAAGCUCCUCCUCGAAGUCAACGAUUUGACCGCCGUCAUAGCCGAGUCCAAGCAGGAGAUUCUCAAGGGCGUUAAUCUCACCAUCUACGAAGGAGAGAUUCAUGCUGUGAUGGGGAAGAAUGGUUCUGGGAAGAGCACGUUCUCUAAGGUUCUUGUUGGGCAUCCUGACUAUGAAGUUACUGGUGGUAGUGUGGUGUUUAAAGGGGAGAAUUUGUUGGAGAUGGAGCCAGAGGAGCGCUCACUGGCUGGCCUCUUUAUGAGUUUUCAGUCCCCAAUUGAGAUUCCGGGUGUGAGCAAUAUCGAUUUUCUCAACAUGGCUUACAAUGCUCGAAGACGGAAACUUGGUCUGCCAGAGCUCGGACCAAUUGAGGGAAGUACUGACCUGAGAAGUAAGGACUUGAUUCCACGAACUGGGAAUUUGGGGUUCUAUGCUUAUAUAUUUCCUAAACUCGAUCUUGUGAACAUGAAGACGGACUUUCUGAAUAGAAACGUCAAUGAAGGAUUUAGUGGAGGUGAAAGGAAGCGAAAUGAAAUUUUACAACUUGCGGUUCUGGGGGCAGAUUUGUCUAUAUUAGAUGAAAUUGAUUCUGGAUUGGAUGUUGACGCACUUCGUGAUGUGGCAAAGGCAGUAAAUGGGCUGCUAACUCCAAAAAAUUCUGUGUUGAUGAUUACACAUUACCUACGACUGUUGGAAUUCAUAAAGCCUUCAUAUAUUCAUGUUAUAGAGGACGGGAAAAUUGUGAAGACGGGAGACAUCUCCAUCGCUAAACAUCUGGAGAAAGAAGGUUAUAAAACAAUUUCUGCCGCAUAAAUGCCAGUGUGCCGCCAAAUAGUUCAGGCAUUUUUUUCUGGUCAUUGCAAUCCUGUACUAUUGAGAGGAUCUGUGUGCUCGUUCAUGCCGCUUUAUGACCUUCCAGAGGUUUACUCCUCCAAUGCGGAAAAGUGGCCUUCAACAUAGGAACAUGCCAGUAAAAACGGAGGAGUUGAAAGUAAAUGCUAAUGUGUUUCUGAGGCCGGUGUCAAGUUUUUACUCUCCUCCAUUUGUAUUUUUGGAAACAAAUUAAAAAAAAAACGAAAGAUGAAACAUGAAUCAUGGAUCAAACACAUUGAAGACAAAGGUCAAUUUUCUUUAUUCCUUCAGCGAGGCAUAUGGUUUCAUUUCUGAGCGGGCGCAAUUUCUUUUAACAUUUGAAUGGAUCUGAUGUUGUCAGAAGCAUACAUGAGAAGAUGAAAGAAAAUUGUAAGGUUUUCGUCA